AUGGCCGACGCAACUCCCCCGGCCCGCGCCCGCAUAGCCUGUAAGGCCUGCAAUGCUAGACGUGUGAAAUGUGAUGCAGCCAUUGAACGACCGUGUUGGCACUGCCGCACGCGCGGCACUCCUUACGAGCUGAUAGAAUCGCGCCGGGGCAAAUACGUGCGGACCACGCCCCGCCGAUCUCGGACGCUCUCCCUUGAUAAUAGAGACACCCCCAACACCCCCAACACCCCCUUGUCGGCUGAACCUCACCGAGAAGCUGCUAUCGAUCGUACCUUGCAGACAACAAGCUCCCCUGGCUCCUCCGCCCUCACCUAUAUCAUCGAGGUCAACUCUACCCCGAGGCAUGGUUCCACCCACCCAUCCAAAGUCCACUAUCCCAUUCCACCCUCGAUCGCCCAGACCCUCUCACAUAGCCCCCGGGCCGAAGAUCCAGUUUCUCUGCGAGAUACUCUCAUCCUACCGCCCUCGCCUGUGGCCGAGAAGUUGAUUCGUGCUUUCUUCGAGCUGAUCCAUCCUGCCUUUCCGGUCGUUGAUCGGCACGAGUUUUCCCGCUUGAGAACGCACUACCUCCGCGCAAAGGCCUUGUAUGAUGCAGACUACGAAACCUGCAGUGUCACCAUCGUAGCAGCUCUGCUACUUCUGGGCUUCUAUUGGUCGGGGCCCGAGGAUCGAAAGGAUACGUGUUACUGGAUUGCAUGCGCAACCAACGUAGCACAGGCGUUGGGGAUGCAUCGGUCGCACACCCCGAUCAGUGCGCUGCUUGCGGAAGCGUAUUUGGUGACUCGCGAUCGACAUACGGCUGCGGCCUUUGGUCAACCGUGUCGUAUUCGAGAUGAAGACUGCGACAUCGAACCUCUUACGCAAGAAGAUUUCGACUUUGAUAAUGACUAUGACCACUCUUUGAUUCCAAAGCAGGAAGACUACCAUGUUUUGUAUGUCAUGGAGAUGUCGAAGCUGGCCUCAGUCCUCGGAGACAUUCUUGUGGCGGAAUUCAGUCCUCGGCGUCCGGCGCUGGAGGAAUACGAGACCAACGCGUUGGCAGAUCGACUUGCGCAAUGGGAAUCCUACUUGCCGGAGCGACUGCGACGAAUACCGCCUGAUAAUGGAUUUGGUGCGUCAUUCUGGGCCAACAUGCUACACAUGUCAUAUCAAAAUUACUACAUUCUUCUCUUUCGGCCCAAAGCAAUCGACCACCUGUCUUCUGUAGAUGUGGAGAGAGAUACUCGUGCGCGUAUGGCUGCCGACGCAAUCACCCGUAUCGCAGAGGAUCUUUUGGCUGUGGGGACUAUCCAAUGUACUCAAAUCCAUUUUGUACCAGCAUUGUUUGGUGCCCUUUUAGUGCAUACCUUUAACAUCUGCCGAAGAGAUCCCAUUCGCCAGAGGCUGGCUGAGAACAAGUCACGCCAGUGCCUUCUCGCUCUUAGCGAACCUUCCAGAUCGUGGCCUGUCCGGAUCUGGUUUGCAAAGGCUUUUCUGAACCUGUUGAGACGACUGAUAGGACAGGGGUCGCGACAAGGCGGGUCGAUUAUCAACGUCUCGUCCACCAUUGCGGGCCAUUCUAGUCCGGCUCCAUCUGCGUCCGUUGACUCGACUGAACCACACACUCUGAAUAACAUUAAUCCUGCUACGGCAUCUCGUCGACCAAGCAACGUCAUUCUCUCCGAGUUGGACAGCGCUGAGCCAAGUCACCAGCCCGGCCAUGGCCACGAAGCACUCCUGGCGGAUAAUCAGCCUGCGAGCAAUUCCUCCCAAGCGACCGAGCAGGUCCUCUAUGAUACCUUUUUGGCUGGCUAUAUCGACCAAACCUUUGAUCCCGAUCUAUUGGUGCUUAAUAGUCUAGGCUCAUCGUUACCGUUCUUUCCUGGGGGUUUGCCUGACACCGAGGAAUAG